AUGUCGUUUAUCGAGUUCCUCGACUGUUUCGAUGAUGUCUUUUCGGAUUUAAAUGAUCCAUGGGAACUAAAAUUAAUGGAACUAGUUAAAAUCAAGAAGUGGUUAAUUAAACAACAUCAUGGACCGAUCGACUUCCACUGUGACAAAUGUGAACGUAGAUGGGAUUCUGGCCACGCAUCAGUUCUAUUCCUCUAUAAACUGUUGAAUAAAUUUAAUCGCAAAAAUAAACCUAUUGGUGUUGUUAAAAUGAAAAUUCUUGGACAAAAAUGUCGAUGGUCUGCAUUGUACCAUCCGGCCGAGUUUUCUCCUGACGAAGUGCUUCGUGCCAUUAAAAGUUUACGCACGAAAGUUGUGGAAAAAUUCUACAAAGAUCCUGGUCCGAGAGAGUCGAAAGAGAAAGAAAAUCAAGAGGAAUGGAAAGCUACUUUGCCACAUGUAACAGGUUUAUGUGAAGCAUGUCAGCUAGGGUUUUGUCAAGCACAACCCUUUACCGUUCAAAAACAUCGUCGCGCAACAAAGCAACAAGGAAAAGCUGUUACUUUAUCUACGAGAAAUGAUUAUUUUGGGAAAGAAUGGUGGUUCGAUCCGUGCAUUAAUCAGCAGUUCAUGUGGUUUGUUCCGUACGGUGCAUCCCCGCCAACGUCAAAACCAAAAAGAAGGCGAAAAAAACCUCCGCAAUCGAACCAUAGUACCGAACCAGUUGAGCCAGCUCCUGAGAAAGAAGAGCAAGUAAAGAACAGAAGAAGAAGAAGAAAUCGAAGAUUUCGAAAAACAGCAGAAGAACAAAACGAUAAACUUAAUAACGCAGGCAACUUUGAAAACUAG